UUGCACAAGCGCUCUCCCAUGUUGCGUAGCGGAGAGGACUUUGCUGUCAGAUCAAAAGUGUCAGAGUUGCAGGAGAUCAGAAAGUGCAUUCUCUUGGUCAGCACAGUGUCCACGGACGGAGUAGGAGCUGGAGAAACAAUCAGAAGCCAGUCGAGGUGAUCUAUAGGAAUACAACGCGUAGGAGGAUAGUGGCAGGAAAGGUGCAACGAAAUAUUUCAAUAGACUUGUGAGCAAUGCACUGGCAGCAUGGCCAGAUGGUUCAAGGAACACCUAGGAUUCAAAACUACCAAAGCACCACCUCCGGCGCCCCCGAAACCGGACUACAGACAUUGUCACGCCGCUGUGCCCGGUACGCCUGGCUACCAACAACCAAGCUCCGGGGCCACCUCUCUCUAUCCAAGCCCCGCACAGCCGGACAUUCUUGCUGCUUACAAACUACAAAAGGAACUGGACUUCGAAGACCCGUACACGGGAGGAGGAAAUAUUUCGUUUGGAACUGGUCUGGGCUCUGUGGGGUCGCCGGACAUAAAGUAUGUGUCACCAAAGCACCGGCUUAUAAAGGUGGAAACAAUCGAGAAAAGCAACUCUACUCCGGGCAGCGGUAUCAUAUCCCAAGCUGUUGCUGUAGGGAACGUUAAAUCUCCCACUUCACCACCACCUGAACAUGAGAAUAAAGAAAAGCUCAUUAUCCUGGAUGACUAUGCAGACCCAUUUGAUGCAGAGCAGGACGGGGGGACCCAGGCCAACACAGAGAAGGUGACCCAGGCCAGCACAGAGAACGAUGGCUACAUGGAGCCCUAUGAGGCCCAGAAGAUGAUGGCAGAGAUCCGCGGUGGCCGGGGGCCUAAGGAGGGGUCACUGAGGUCGCUGCCCCUGUACGACACGCCCUACGAGCCAGCGGAGAACGGAGGGGACUCGGACGACGAGCGUCCCCGCUGCCCCAGAGAGAGCCGGCUGCCUCAGGAUGACGAGAGGCCCCCGGAGGAGUACGACCAGCCCUGGGAGUGGAAGAAGGAGCGCAUCUCCAAGGCCUUCGCAGCUCUGCUCUGUUCUGACUGCAUUAGCUACAAGGGCUCUGUAAGUGGCAGUGGAUCAGAACCAGAGACAAGGAAGGACAACACCUCUAAAUCCCUCACAGUAGAGAUUAAAGUGAUCAAGGACCUGCCGUGGCCCCCUCCUGUCGGCCAGCUCAACCACAGUCCUCCCCUGGCCCUGCUGGAGGGGGUGGAGUCACCCCCCCGCUCUGCCCCCAGCCAGCCCAGCACUCCCCUGGACACACUGGCUGUGACCAGCACCACCAUG